AUGAGUGAAUUUGUUUCCAAAAGCAAUCACUAUUCUUCUGUCACGAGCGAGAAUUGCGAAAAGGCCUACCUCAGAACUUAGGAUUAUACAUUUUAUUAUUUUUCGUUCUUAUAAUAAAAGAUAGUCUUUAAGUUCUAUUAUUUUUAGGCGAAACUUUUUGCAAUCUUUUGUAGUAACUGUAUGAGGGUGGGAUUAUUUGCUCUGUAUACUUAAGGUUGGAUUUCCAUUCGAUAAAAACUUAACGGCUUGAUCCCUAGGAGAGAAUAUUAUUGGCAUUUAAUAUUUUUUUUGCCGGGAGUGCAAAGAACCUUAAGUUUCAGAGAAAAUAAUCCUUUACCGCCAUUGUUAAAGAUCCAAACUGUCCAUUUUAAGUCUUUUUUACUAACGCACACAAAUUCCUUCUAUUUUUAUCAAUUUAUUUGUAUUUCUUAAAAUUAAGAAUCUUUUUGA